AUGGAAGGAGUUUUCAAACCCUGGCUAUCUAUUGAGCUAGCUAAGUCGACCUAUGCCCCUGGGGAAUCAAUUGAAGGGAUCAUAUAUUUGCUAGUAAAAGAGGAGGUUCCUUUAGGAAGUGUGCUCUCCCUCCAAUUUUUAGGCAAGGAAAAAACAUAAUGGAGUACACUUAAUGAGCUGCCAGGUUCUGAUGAUAGAAUUAGUCAUUCUGGCAAAUAGGAAAUCAUUAAUCUACAAGCAAUAAUCUACUAGUUUAAAGAAUAAAUACCCAGCAGCACUAUCAUACAAAUACCUUUUAAAAUACCAUUAGACAUUAGUCUCCCAUCUAGUCUCUCUUAUUUUUCAGGUAGUUGCGACCUAGCCUAAGUGAAAUAUAUUUUACGAGCAAGGCUAGAUGAUAUUUUUACCUAGGCAGAUUCUGGUUUCUAGUCUCAGAAAUUAAAAAGAGUAGUAUUUAUUCAACAAAAGAGUUUGAUAGAUUCAGCUUAAUCUUAAAUUUCAAUAGCUAGAAAAAUAAAAAAUCUGCUAGUCUUUAAUAAGGGUCAAACUAAUAUUGAUAUCUAUUUAAGCAAAGAUUCGUAUGAAUCUAAUGAUAUUGCUUAAAUAAUGAUGAAAAUUGAUAAUUAAAACUGUUAGAAAGAUCUUAAAUCUAUUGUAGUUGAGCUAUAUAGGGAAGUUUUGUUAUAAUAAACUAAUACUGAUGAUUAAAACUUGAUUUUUAGAGAAUCUUAAGUGUUGAUGAGGAACAAAUUCGUAGGAAUAAAAAAAGGGGAGUAAGAAUUUAACUAAUUUGACAUCAAACUUUUGGAUAUUACCGUAGAUUAAAAUAAUAACAAACAAUCAUAUAUGAAAAUGAUGAAAAGCCUGCAGAAAAAAUAGAAUAAUGAUGAGUUAUUAAUGCUUGAAAAUCUUAUACCAAGCAGCAAAGGACAUAUAAUCGAAGUUAAUUAUAACCUGAAAUUCAAAUUUAAACAUCAAGGUAUAAUCAUUGGGACUGAGAUACCAUAAGUUAAGCUGCCAAUUUGGAUUCAAUGCCCUUAAAUAGAUUUUUCACACCAUAAAUUACCAUUUAGGCUAGCAGAUUAUAAUAUUUUACAAUAAGACAUUUAGGUCUUAGAAAAUUCUAUGACAAGAGGGAGCUGCUUUACUAUUCUAGAUAAUAUGUAGUAGGACAAAAUUAGACAUCAAAGUCAGUAUUUUAUGUUACCUUAGCGUAUUCAUGAUGAUUAAAACUAAGAUAUUGCUUAAAAUAAGGAGGAAUUUAAUGAUCAUUAAGUAGAAGAGUUCAAAUUUGAUCAAAUUAUUGUCCAAGAAGAUUAUGUCUGA